GCAUUUAUCGCCAGUUCUCUCCCUUCCCCAAGUUCUCUUGUAUGGAGUCGAGUGACACGAGACGUUUUGUGCGCUGAAAACGAGCGACUAUAGCAAUCACUGUAGUCGCAUUGGACAUUUUCCAUACACAAAAAAAAAAAAACACAAAAUGAAGUGGCACAUCUUAGUCGCAGCAUUCGCUAUGUUAUGCAUAAGUGCAUAUGCAGAGGAGGAAGAGAAAGCUGCUAGAUUAUUAGUUUCUAAACAGAUACUUAACAAAUAUCUAGUAGAAAAUAUGGAUAUAGUUAUUAAGUAUACUAUUUAUAAUACUGGCAAUGUGGCUGCAUCUGAAGUUGAGAUCACAGACAAUUCAUUCCAUCCAGAUCAUUUUACUCACGUGAGCGGCGAAUUAAACGCUAGGAUCGAUAAUGUACCUCCCUACACGAAUGUGAGCCACACUGUGGUUGUAAGACCACGCAAGUUUGGUUAUUUCAACUUUACCUCGGCUGAAGUUUUGUACCGUCGCUUUCAAGAGGCUCCUAGAUUACAAGUGGCUGUAAGCAGUGAACCUGGUGAAGGACUUAUUGUGGCGUAUAGAGACUAUGAUAAACAAUUUUCAUCUCAUGUGAUCGAUUGGGCCGCGUUCGCAGUAAUGACUCUACCUUCUCUACUUAUUCCAUUCGCCUUAUGGUACUCCAGUAAAUGUAAAUAUGAGAAAUUGUUGAAGAACACGAAGAAGCACUGAUCAUAUUUUAAAUAUUAGUUUUUUCAGGAAUACUUUUAGGUCACUUUAUAUAAUUGUAUAAAUUUUCCUACGUCAUUGUAAAAAAAAACAUGGUUGUUCCAUACCAUGUACAUCUACUUUUGUAAUAAAUGCUAUUGUUUAUCAAAAA